CGGUGGCGUGACGCCGCCGCGGGUCGCCCGCCCAGCCAUGUUACCGCACAACAGCCUUGAGAGGAAGGCCAGAAUGAGGAGGAGGGCGUGAUCGAGCCAGAGCAGCCUUCUCCAACAGGACACCCCCCGGAGGCGUUGGACUACAGUCCCCGGCAUAUGGGGGCUGUAGUCGACCCAUCUAGAGGGUGGCUGAUUGGAGAAAGCUAGCCUAAAACAGCCCACCAGCUUCUCUCGCCAAAGCACGGAUUUGAACCCGAGUCGCCCAGGCCAAAUCUUUCUUUCCGUAAUGCCGAAAUGCCUCGUGGAGCUGAGCUGGAAGGAGUGUGUUAGGUUCCAGUAAAUAUUUGUGUGAAUAUUGGCUUUGUGAUUCACAUUCAAGAGACGUGGGUUCAGUUCCCCACUUGUCCAGGAAGCACAUGAUCGUGCCUUUGAAGCAGUCCAAAACUCUUAGUCUAACCUACCUCGCAGGGUUGUUGUGAAAAUGAAAUGGAAAGGAGAUUGUGUAACUGCCUGACGAUGCAUGCGGAGGCUGGAGAGCCAGUGUGGCUUAAUAAGAGUGUGGGAUGAUCUGGGUUCCACUCUCCUGCCCCCUGUGAUGCUCUCUGGAUGAUGCUGGGCCAGUCACUGACUCCCGACCUAACGUCACAGGGUUGUUGUGAGGAUAAAACGGUCGAAGAGGUUCACAUAAGCUCGAGUUGUUUUCCCCCUCGCAGAAGUAUCAGCUCCUUGUGUAUCAUGCAGACUCUCUCUUCCAUGACAAGGAGUACAGAAAUGCCGUCAGUAAGUACACCAUGGCUUUGCAGCAGAAGAAAGCACUGAGCAAAACGUCGAAAGUCAGACCUUCGACUGGGAAUGCGGCGUCUGCUCCUCAGAGCCAGUGUCUGCCUUCUGAAAUUGAAGUGAAAUACAAAAUGGCUGAGUGCUAUACCAUGUUGAAGCAAGACAAAGAUGCCAUUGCGAUACUGGAUGGAAUCCCUUCAAGGCAGAGGACCCCAAAGAUUAACAUGAUGCUGGCAAACUUGUACAAGAAGGCAGGCCAGGAACGCUCCUCCGUGACAAGUUACAAGGAAGUGCUGAGGCAGUGCCCACUCGCCCUUGAUGCCAUCUUGGGUUUGUUAUCCCUCUCCGUGAAAGGUGCAGAAGUGGCAUCCAUGACGAUGAAUGUGAUCCAGAGUAUCCCCAACUUGGAUUGGCUCUCAGUGUGGAUCAAAGCAUACGCCUUUGUGCAUACGGGCGACAACACCAGAGCCAUCAACACCAUCUGUUCUCUGGAGAAAAAGUCACUUCUGAGGGACAACGUGGAUAUACUGGGGAGUUUAGCAGAUCUGUAUUUCAGAGCUGGUGAUAAUAAAAAUGCAAUUCUAAAAUUCGAACAGGCACAAAUGUUGGAUCCCUAUUUAAUAAAAGGGAUGGACGUGUAUGGUUACUUGUUAGCCCGCGAUGGCCGCCUGGAAGAUGUAGAGAAUCUAGGCUGCCGUCUCUUCAAUAUUUCUGAUCAGCAUGCAGAGCCUUGGGUGGUUUCAGGGUGUCACAGUUUCUACAGCAAGCGCUACUCCCGUGCCUUGUAUUUAGGAGCCAAAGCCAUUCAGCUGAAUAGCAACAGUGUGCAGGCUCUGCUUCUGAAAGGCGCUGCUCUUCGGAACAUGGGGAGGGUGCAGGAGGCCAUCAUACACUUCCGCGAAGCAAUAAGACUCGCGCCUUGCCGGCUGGACUGCUAUGAAGGCCUCAUUGAAUGUUACUUGGCAUCCAAUGGUCUCCGUGAAGCCACAGUUAUGGCUAACAAUGUGUACAAAACCCUGGGAGCCAACGCACAGACUCUUACUCUCUUGGCCACUGUUUGUCUGGAAGAUCCUGUUGCACAGGAGAAGGCAAAAACAUUGCUGGACAAAGCAUUGACGCAGCGCCCUGAUUACAUCAAGGCGGUGGUGAAAAAGGCAGAGCUUCUCAAUAGAGAGCAGAAAUAUGAAGAGGGGAUCGCUUUGCUGAGGAAUGCCCUAGCCAACCAAAGUGACUGCAUUCUCCAUCGCAUGUUAGGAGACUUCCUUGUGGCAGUUAAUGAGUAUCAAGAAGCCAUGGACCAGUAUAGCAUUGCUCUCAGUUUGGAUCCCAAUGAUCAGAAGUCACUGGAGGGAAUGCAGAAAAUGGAAAAGGAGGAGAGUCCUACAGAUGCUACUCAGGAGGAGGAUGUGGACGACAUGGAAGGAAGUGGAGAGGAAGGGGAUCUUGAAGGCAGUGACAGUGAGGCAGCCCAGUGGGCUGAUCAGGAACAGUGGUUUGGCAUGCAGUGAGAUGGCCCUGAGAUGACCAAGAAUUGUCGUGCUUGAUGGGUUGACUCAGGAUAUCCACCUGCUUCUCCCUGGUAUGAAGGUUUUCAAGGCCCGUUUGUGCCACUGCCAAAACUGGGCUGAAGAAUGAUCCAAACCAACUGAGAAGAUUAAAAAAAAACUCUGGUUCUUUUUUUUUUUUUUUUUGCAUUAUGUUCUCGGUGCUCUUUAUUUAAUGCGAUGGCUAAGCCACUUUGAUAGUUUGGUAGUGGGCAGGCAUCAGUGUCAAACAGCAAGGGUGAGAUCUUGUUUCCAAAAUUAGGAGCUUUGAAGUAUUAUACAGCAUUUCUCAAACAUUUGCUAAAGACUAAAAUGAUGUCAGAAUCAUAGGGCAAGUUAAUUAUGCCUGAUCCCCAGCAGUGGAUAAAUGUAGGCUGCUUUUAUAUCCUUUUAUGAAAGGGGGCUUUAUUCACAAAGCCUGCACAGUAUCUUCAAAUGCAUGAACUCCUCCACAGACCUGUGGGAGGUUCUCGGAGGGGCAGUAAAUUUCCUCCCAACCCUUUCCCAACCCUCCCCUGUGUUUUGUGUAGAGCACUUAAUGUGCCUGCUCUUAAAUGAAAGCCAGCCACUUCAGGCAUCUGAUUGAGGGGCAGCUUUAUAGCUGAUCAGUUCCCAUAGAGGUCUAGAUGAUAAAACAGUGGUACAUGAAAUAAUUGCAGUUCUUGCUCCUUUUAAGCCAGUAUACUGGAAAAGGUGAGAUCGAGCUGCCCUGAGGAAAGUAGAGCUAUUGAAAAGCUCGAACGCCAAUUAACCAUAUCCUAUUGAUAUCAAAUUUAUAGCACAGUAUCCACAUAAAUAUUAAUUAACAGUAUCUCUAAACCUGCAUAGCUCACUAUUAAACACAGCCUUGCUAAUAUUUUGGACCUUGAUUUGCUUGCAUUAGAUAGAUUUUUUCAAAUCACAAUUCAAACGCAGGUUUCCCUGUGUGCCUCAUUGAAACCUAUUGCAUGAGGAACAGAAGUGUUUUGGGUUUUGUUACAAAACACUAAAAAGAAGGGCAUCUUCUUUCCUUCAUCUGUCUUGACUCCUCUGUUAACUUCUAUUAGCGUAAAGACUAGUUGUCCCUCUGGCCCCAGUGUUACAUAACAGGUUGAAUAGGGAAGAACGAUGUUGCUCUUCCAGUUGCUUGUUGUCUCUCUCCACUGGAAAUAGAAUUCUGCUUUCCUUCCUGGACAUAGUUUAUUCUGCACAGUUUUGGAGGUUUUUUCCCUCAUGCUGUGGAAUGCUUUUAGCAGUCAUAGAUAUCAUUUCAGAACUGAAGAGGCUGGGUUUGCUUUGUUCUUUCUUUCCAUUUUUGGCCAUCAUUGGGUGCUAGAAUUGUGUGCAAGUGACGGCAUUUGAUGGGAGAUGGGAAACGAGCUGAAGCAAACUUUAGCUGCAGUUAUUAUUUUGCAUCUGUGUUGAGUGGAAUACCAACAUUACAGUCACAAACUCUAUUAAACAAACAGAGCAAGCUGAAAUGUGUCCCAGUCAGAGUCCCUUGUUAGUUCGCUAGAUGGCUAUAGAAGAGGACCAAUGGAUAGGUUGUAGCUCUUUACCCCACUAACAGAGGUCAGAGUUAGUGACGGGUUUAAUUAGGGUUUUCAUACUUAACAACAGAUAAUAGCUUUGCAAAAACUUCCUGAACAUGAUGUAUGGAAGGGCCAGGUUCCCAGGAGAAGAUUGGUUUCAGAUGAAGGUUAUCGGCUGGGCAGUAUAAUUGUUUCAUUUCCUCUUUGAACAGCAGACACCCUGUGUUGUUUCACAAACUGCUUUGAAAAUAGAAGCUGCUGAAAUAAAAUGUCUUAACCAUC